AUGGCCCAAACUGUGCUAGUUGUUGGCGCUACUGGCAACGUUAGUAUUGCCGCCAUUCUUGGCGCCCUGCGCGCCGGCCUCAACGUGCUUGCUGUAGUCUGCAACCAGGAGUUGGCUAAGAAGAUCAAGGAGCAUGGAGUUGUGGACAAGGAGUUCAUGACGCAAAACUUUGAAUCCAACUAUUCCGCCUACCGCGCCACUAUCCCAUACCUCCUUGAGCAGAAGGACACGCCAUGCACCUGGACCACCUGCACCGGCUCCCAGGGCGACAAGGGGGACCGCGCCCUGCCGGCCAUCUCCCAGGGCGCUAUGUUCUCCAUGGCCUACUUGGCGAUCAAGGGCCUCGCUGACACCAACGUUUGCUUCAAUGAGAUCUACCUCGCCCAGCGCGUUGAGGUCGACGUUGUUGCUGAGGAGCACGGCACUAUGAAGUCGUCUAUCUUUGGCCGCGUUUACGCCAACAUCCUGGCCAAAACGGACCUCAAGGGAUGCCGCGUCCGUGUCGAGAGCGAGAGUGAUGUGGACAACCUCCGGGCUCAGAAGCAUGAGGCUUAA